GCGCUGGCCCGAGCCGUGACCCUGCUGCUCCGGCGAUGCUAGGGGUUCGUGCCAACAGAUGUUCCGCACAAAAACAUGCACACAUCUGAUUUUUAUACAUUGCCACUCUCUGAGGUCUUAGGCUGAUGAUUACACAUAACACCGCUGUUCUAACCGUGGUGCCAAUGAGCCGCGGUAUCCUCUCGGUAGCGGAUCUUUGUUUAUUAAGUUUAUCGGAGCUAGCCGUAAAGCUAAUUUGAGCCUGUUCUGCAGCUAACCAAAAGUGAAAGAGAAUAGAGCUACAAGGUUCAAGCCGUGAGUGUUCGCACCAUGCUCUCUAAACCCAGGUAUGAAUCUGAUAUAUUAUUUUUGGGGCUAUAGCUGCUGCUUGAUAUUCUGGACAAUGGACUCCUGAAAGCAGCAGUUGGGUCACCCUUCACCUGUGGACCUCCCAAACAGAGGAAGCAGGGGCACAUGGGGAACUGCUGCUGCUGCCAAAGCAAAGGGCCCUGCGACAGUGCAGAGGAAACCAGUCUGCUGCAGAAUAACUCCAAGGCUACUGUGCCCCCGGCUGAAACCCCCGGUGCUCUGUCUGUCGGGGGCACAUGUGGGCCAGGACUGGAGGAGGACAUAAGCAAAGGACAACUUAAUAAGGAUGCUGAGACGGAGACGUACAAUACUCAGGAGAAUGGGACAUUGCAGAAAAGUAGCCUCCAAACAGAUACAUCUUCCAACAAAUCCCUCCAACACACAGUGAACCCUGCUAAUGCAGCUAGAGUAGACACACAGUCUAGGACGGCUCACCCAGAGGGAGCUGAACAGCACAGCAUUUUAACCCCUCCACAGAUGGGCUACGCUCACACAUGCUGGAAUGUUUCAAAAACCACAGCAACAGAAGAAGAACACGCUGCAGUGGAGGAGAAAUGCCUGAAUGGAACAACAGCAGCAGCAGUCUGCACUGAACCCUCGUCUUUCACAGAGACUAAACCUAAACAAGAGCACAGUAUCAUGGACACCAUCAAUAACAACAGUGAUGAGUGUUCUGUUUCCCUUGUCAAAUGUGCAAAUGAACUAUCAACAGAGACCGUCCUGAAGGAGGAAGUAAAGCACCUCAGCACUGAAGUUGCUGCGUCACAUUCUCAGGUGUUCCCAAUCUCUGAGAUUAAUGAGGAAGUGAAUGUUGUUAAUAUAGAAACUUCAUGCUGUGUUGACAAAGUUGACCCUGAAAGCAGAAGCUCUCCUGUUUGUGUGGAAACCAGCAGUGAGGAGACACAAAGCCAUGUUCCAGAGAGUUCUGUGGAUCUGCUGUGCUCUGGGUCUGACCACAGAGGUGUGGAGGGAGAGUCCAGCUCUGUCCCAAAAACUACAGCUGCAGCAGAGGAAUACCAGAGCUCGAAACAGGUUGAAAUGUGCGAUCCAGAAAGCUUAAUCAAGGAAGCUUGUCCAGAGACCACAGUAGAAAAUACUGAGACGAAUGUAAUGUCUAAAGAAGCAGCUCCCAGUGCACAUUGUGAAGAAAAACAAGGAGCUGUGGAGAAAGCAGAAAUUGCGUCAUCAGAAACUCUGGCUAAUGUAGUGAUGAGCAGCACAGAGCAGCAGCUUGAGAGCUCUUCUACUGCAGAGGGAGAGGACGCCUUGCCCAAGGACACCCCUGCAGAGACAAAGAAAGACGCCGUGGAAGACCUGGAGAACAGUGAGGAAGACUUGUAUCGAGGAGCGGAGGAACUGUCUGCUGAACUGACCACUGAAGCAGAGGCAUCAUCUUUGUCAGAACCCUUUUUAAAGCUGGAGGAAAGGUGCAGUCUGGCUCCAGCAGUGGAUAUUUUGUCCUAUAGUGAGAGGGAGUGGAAAGGAAACACUACCAAAAGUGCACUCAUUAGAAAGGGUUAUAAAGACAUGUCCCACAAGUUCAGCAGCUUGAGGAGAGUGAGAGGCGACAACUACUGUGCCCUCCGAGCCACUUUGUACCAGGUCUUGUGCCAUACCACCCAGAUGCCCCAGUGGCUGCAAGAAGACAACAUCACUAUGCUGCCAAAGGACCUGGAGGCCCAAGAGGAGGGGUUGAUAUGUCAGUGGAUAUUUCCGGGGGAGUGUCUGCGAGGAGACGGGACUGGAGAUGCUGUCCAACAACUGCGGUGCUACAUGGAGCUUCUGCAAAAGAAGUGGCAGGCGGCUGUGGACUGUGCAUCUCCAAGUGAGCGGCAGCAGCUGUGUGAGCAGUGGUUCCAGGGUGGAGAGGAGGAGCUGGCUCUGCUGGAGGCCUUGAAGCUGCUGAUGCUGGCCCGCGCUGUGGAGCUGCACAGGGCCAUACAGAAGGAAGAGGACACGCCACUGUUCUGCUGGCUCCUGUUCGCCCGGGACUCCUCCGACUGCCCCCACUCCUUCCUCGCCAACCACCUCAGCCACGUUGGCCUCAGUGCAGGGCUGGAGCAGGUGGAGAUGUUCCUGUUGGGUUAUGCCUUACAGUGCACCAUUCAAGUUUACAGACUGUACAAGGCCGACACAGAGGAGUUUAUCACCUUCUACCCAGAUGACCACAAAGACGACUGGCCAUGUGUGUGCCUGGUUACCGAGGAUGACCGCCACUACAAUGUGCCCGUGCCCAUGGAGCCCCGGUGCAGCUGAUGCCACUGCUGCCAUGCACACUCUCCUCAGGUCCAUCCACAUAGCAUGAGAACUCUGGCCCUGCGCGUUACAUGCACUCUGCUGUACUGUUAGGAGGUUCGGGUUAAAGCAUUUCAAGGAGCAUCAUCUUUGUUGUAUUACGUGGGUCUGCUGCGGGUGGAAACAAGUCGAAGCAGGAAUUAUCUAUCAUGUUUAACGUACAAGGUUUUUGUAAAUGGCUUUAUGUCAACAUAGGAGAGCUGCCAACAAUAUGGAAUCAUUCACUGGGGUUUACACUGGAAUCUGGGCAUCUUGAUCCUGAGCUUGUGAAUAAUUAAUUUUCAUUUUUUAAAUGAACUUUGUUUGACUCUAGAAAGAAUUAAUUGAUCAGGUUCUAACAGGUCACACAAGGGUGAAGGAGAGUGUAUGUUAUGUGAGUAUGCAAAAGUGUGUGUCAGACUCUAUGUGUAACGUGUUGCCUUUAACCAAGCUGUUCUGAAAGAACUAAUGUGCCAAUGUUGCUAUGAAGACUGGCAACAGUCCCAACCACCAGCCCUGGACUCUGUGUAAAGGCUUGCUUGGUCCUCCAUGUUGCCUUAGAAAUAAUGCACAAUAAGAAUGAAUGUUGGUCAAGUGUGAUGCGACCAUUUCCUUAGGUGACAGCGAGACCACCCAUACAAUGCAUUUUGCAGGAAUGUUCUGCAAUGCUGAUUUGGAUGGCAUUAAAAAAAUAAACAAACAUUUUGUGGAA